UCUCAACUCAAGGAAAACAAGGAGCAAGAACCUACCGGACCUACCGUUGCAAGAAUUGUUGGCGACAAUGCACCAGCACCGAAGCUUCCAUCACGCAUCACAGAAGUUCGCCAGAGUCUCAUCAAGAUCAAUGCUGAAAUUAAUGGCAACACUAUACCUGCGGUCAUCGACACCGGCUCUAUGAUCAACAUCGUGCACAAGACCAUCUGGGAACAAUACAUCAAACGACCUCUCGACAGAUCUGUUACCUUCCCGGUAAAAGAUGUCAAUGGCGGAACAGGACGACUAAUUGGCCUGGUUGGAGAAGUACCUAUCGACUGCGGAAGAGCAAGGACGAUCGCCCAAUUAUGGGUAUCGGAUUCUAUUGACUUCCCUCUUUUGCUAGGGCGACCUUGGACAUCCUCAAAUUCUGUCGAUAUUAUCGAACGGGACGGCACCUACCUCAUAUUCAACUACCCGGAACACAACGUGCAACUCGAACUCAAGACCAUGGGCCUCACUGCGGACAACGGACUUAGCGAAAUCCACAAACGCGCCGGGCCGGAACGUCACCGGUGGCCAACACUGCCACCCCGACGCCCGACGACCGACACCGACACCAACACCGACAAUCUAAUCGACGAGAUCGACGCUACUUCAAACUCGCAACUCGCCCGCGCCCAGUCAAGAGGCGACUCUACGGACCUCGACCACGACGAAUGCCAACGCAUUCAAGCGUACAUUGACGCGGCCAUCCGGUCGGGUCAAGGUACACCUCAUGCCCAUUCGGAUUCUCCGGAUCUCGCCGCCGUUACUGACCAUCAGCAAUUCCUUCUCAGUCUAGGAGAUCCUUAUCACGCCCGCCUCUUCACUCGACCACUGCGCGGCGGGGAAUGGACGCCCCUCGAAGACUCGAUCGCCCAUCUCCCAACGGGGAUGCGCAGGCUACUCGGUACGUACGGCACCUUCGAAGUAACGCUCACCACCUCAAACAAUAGGCGGACGCGCGUCCUCGUCACCUUGGCGCACCCUCGAACGGCUCCCGAACACACGCCCUCGCCGGAUUUGGCCCGACUCCAUCAAGAACCCACCGAUAUAGAUCACCGGCACGACCUCGACUCGCCUCAUGAAGCCUCCUUCGGCAGGAUCGACUCACGCGAACAUCUUCAUACACCCAGCCCAUCCGACAACAACAAUCUGCUCCAUCGCUCGUCUUCCCCUCUCGAUCUCCCCCAUGCUUACUGCGGCAGAAUCGUCGAACUCGACGAUGCCGGUGAGUACAUCGGCAGCACUCAAACGUUAUCCGACUCGAGCAUCUCUAGGCACCCGGCGCGUCCAUUGCUCCCUAGGACAAUAGCCGGCCGAUCGCCGCCAGCGGACGCAUCGAUUCUCGAACCAACGAUCUCUACCACCACUAGCGACACCAGCGAGCCCCCACCAGUCGAAGCCGACCAUGAACGCGUCCCCGACUUGCGAACCGAAGAGACGCCCGCUACGCCUAGGUCUAGGCUUUGCGAGCGCGGACGAUCGUCACCGGUACGUACCGUUGCAGAAUUGUCGAGGACAUCGGUGAUUUACGAUGUUUCCUUGAAGAUUCAGUCGUUAGGUACGUGCCGGGCGAAAAUUCGGAGCCGCUCGCAGCGAGACCGAUGGGUAGAAACCCCGAACCUCGUAUGCUCGACUCAAGACCCCAGACGACUCAUCGAACACCUCAACGCAGCUGCUCUGUUUCGAGAAGAAAUACACCCGCCCGACGGAUCGAACGCGGUACUAUACAUCAUCAUUGCGCCCUCUCCCUAUGCUAACGAACACGACGACUCUUCAGCCGACGGUAGCGGAACAAAUACACCGAAUCGGCGACAGGACGUACCUCCCGAAGAUCCCCGCAGAUGGCCGCCGUCCUUUCGACGCUCCGACCAGAUGCCGCGCUCACCUCGCGAGCGGGACACGGGGUUACCACCCAGCGAACCUAGCAAGGAUAUUAGAAGCACGGAGGACGUGACGACGAGGUAUACCCGGUACCCCAUCUCACGUACUCCGCAGGCUAAUCCGAGUGGCGUUCCUCUCCUUCAGCACGUUCGGUACCGCUCUGCCGAGAUUGGAAGCCGUCCGUUCGCGACACGACCAAACGGAGACGAGGCGUCGACAUCGCGAAACCUCGCGCACCACCCAGACAAUACCGCGCUCGACUCCCGAAGGCAAGAUACCCCCUUCGACUCCCGAACCAGGGCGCUGCGCAGAACGAUUGGUGAGUUCGCUCCAUGCCAUCAGAACCAGUCGGCGCGAGGCAAGGCUUACCCAGACGCAAUCCAGGCAUACUCUGACUCUCGACGAGAAAGGACGGCCCCACUCGAAGGCAAGACUGUGGAAUCGCCGCUUGUCAAGCUCGCUAUGCUAUCCUACGGCCUUCCUCGGCAACCCAUACGACUCACUCACGGAACCAGCGGUCCAGGCUCCCGCGACGAGCAUAAAAGCUCAGGUGAGUGCCUGCACACCCAAGUCACAAGAAACACUCGCUUACCCUUCGCUAGUCUAUCAAACUGCACGCCUCACUCGAAGCCGCCCCCUAUGUCUCAUGCGCAACCCAAGAUUCCGACGACGAACCUCACGCUCGAUGCGUACCCGUCUCCGCCUCAAGAAACGACUUCUCAACUGGAUUCUUCGCCCUCGACGACUCUCUCGCAAUGGCCCACACCCGGCUCCAAUGCGACAGUCAACGGACCGCUCGAUAUAGGACUCAAGAACGAUAUGAUGUACGCUACUCGUACCCCCCUCUCUGACGCUGAACUUACAGAAAUUCUUCAGUUCGGCAGAGAGGAGGGCGGCUGGACUCGCCUUCCGGACCCGAUUUCCCCUUCGCCGGUGAAGAUCUAUGCUCCGCAGCCCCGCCCUGCUACGAACCUCGACACCUCGUCGAACACGCUACACGCCAGCUCUAUUCAAUUCCCGAGCACACCGCACCCACUCACCGGACGCGUCCUCGACGACGAAGACUAUCGGCCCAUCGUCACGGAGGCCGAAGGAACAGGCGAAGAUGUCGACUUCCCUGGGUACUAUCGGGCAGCCGGUUGCCUGAUCCCCCUCGGCGACCCUCUAUUCAGCGAGAAUCGGUUAAAAGCCCCGAUCCGUGCCGAAUCGCCCCCGUUCUACCCAAACUCGAUCCAUCUCCUGAUGGCCUCCGACCGCUCGUACUUCAAGACUCUCUCGGCGCCUACGACCCCCGAACCAGCUACGCCGGACGACCCUCACUCGUGCACCUAUGUCAUCAAGCUGGUCCCUCGCGACGACCCUCGACUUAACAGACAUCCUUUUAAGCCGAGUCGACUUCCCGGCCCUGGCGAACCCGUUGCGCCGCACUGGGUCAACGAAGAAACCCCGCUUCUGUACAUCAGCGAAGGCCUAUUUCAGAUACUUUCGGUUGGCUUUGCGCUUCGCCCGUUCCGCGAUAGCGUAAGUCAAUUUUCUCUUCAACUACCGACGGCCUCUAACUACAAGAACUCACAGGGCAGCCUCGAAUAUCGCAAGAACUUCGACGAAGCGGUGGACCGUCUCCGAGAAGAUGGAAUCGACCCCUACCCCAAGCUCUUAGGGUAUUAUCGCGAGGACGGCUACGCCAUUCCUAUCGGCCAACCGCCCUCGAGCGACCACCGAGUCAAGCUGCCGAUCCGAGCCACGUCUCCUCCAGGAUUCCCUCGCUCUAUUCACGACCUCGCCAUCGCGGCACCGCUGGUAUUCCGACCGUUAUCCGCACCUUCAACGCCCCGACCCCCUGAAAGCCAGUACCACGUUUCGAGGACGUACGUCCUCGAACUGGUACCGCAUGGCGACCUCAGGCUCUGUGGCCGUAUGCUCCGAAGCAGCCGGCAGCCUCUGCGCGGAGAAAACAUCUCACCUCACCACACCGACGACUCGACGCCCCGCAUGUACUUCGUCGAAGAUGACUUCAACAUUCUAGUCAGCAUGACGAGAGAAGCGCAAUCCGAGGCUUCUAGCAUCGACUCACCGAAGAACGGCUCUCUUCCGACGACGCAAGUACAGGACGAGGAGCUUCAACAAGCUCUGCUCAACGGCGAGUUCCCCGCCCUGCCCGACGAAUACUAUGCCACCGCCGGAUACGCGAUUCCCAUCGGGGAACCGCCCGACAGCCCCCUUCGAGUCAAAGUCCCUAUUCGCGCCGCCUCACCACCCGAUCUCCCCGGCUCAAUCCACGACCUCUCGAAACAGAUGCCUCGCAUCUACCGCCCGCUAUCUGCACCGACAACACCCGACCCGCCCGCACGCGACUAUCCGACAUCAUGCAUGUACACUCUCGAACUCGUUGACGACCGCGACCCUAGGCUCGCCGGGAAACAUCUCCGAGCACUAUACCGCGACUCGGACGGCUCAACUCCCGCGUCGCACUCGGUCACCGACGAUAUGCACCGCCUACUUUUCAGCCGCGGACUGUUCCAACUGCUGGCGCGGGUCUCGCAUCAGGCCAUCAGCAACCGAGCCCGCGAGCGGGAGCUCGCGGAAAUGCAAGCACGACGGCACCAUCUCGACGCGCCCGAUGUCGACAUGGACGCCUCCGAUCUUCAGGGCCCCAUGCGCACCAACGCACUCGUUCUAUCGCCCCCGGUCCCACCUCACCUAUCGCUUCCCGAUCCGCUAGUGACACCUCAACACGCACCUCUAGCCGGAAACAAGCUCUCCCGACGCCUCGACAGACUCAGGAUCGCGGAAGGACCCGCAGCUGAAGACCGCCCGCCCACACCUCGACCGCCGAUGGAAGGAAUCGAAAUCAGCAUAGAGCAUCGACUCCGAUUCCCGCCCACGAACACCAUCCUCAACGACCCCGGCAUGCCAUACUAUCGCGCCGACGGAUACUUGAUUCCCAUCGGCGAGUCUCCGACCAGCGCCAACCGGAUCAAGAUCCCGAUGCGACUUCAAACGCCUCCGGGGUACCACGGUACUGUCCAUGCGCUCUCGCAGGUUGACCCAUCCCUCUUCCACCCGAUGUCCGCGCUCCCGACUCCCGAACCAGCACCCGAAGACUAUCCGCCAUCGCAACGCUACCACCUCUUCCUCGACGCACCCCGGGACCCGGCCGAACGACAGUCUCCGUUCACCAUCGAAAGCCCUCUGUUAUCCUCUCAGGACGACCGCCCCUCGACGCAAGCAUUGCAAAACUCGGACCCGUACCUCUGGUUCGACGAGGCCCUUUUCGACUACCUCCAUAUCACUUACCCCCUCGCCGACGGAUGGAGCGACAACAUCAACGAUCCGGCGACAUGUCUCCCCGGCCCCGAGGGAGGCGACGCACCUGAAUUGCCCACCGUCGACGAAGAGACGCACCUCGCCGAAUUCGAUCGCCUUACUAUCAACUAUCCGACCUCCACCGAGCGCACAACGGUGACGCCGCCCCCGUCUAUCUGGCGCAACGAGCACGAUCCUAGCGGCCCCGUACCGGCCUUUUCACGCUCAGACACGACGACUCCUGCAAGCGAGGAACGUCCUCGAACCCCCGCCGGCCAUGGACGUAGCAUGUUCCGGGUCAUGUACGACCGGAUAUGCGAACUCACGGAAGCUACUCAGUUCACCGUGGCCGCGAUCGCCACGCUCCUGUCAAGCCACGCCUCGUUCUAUCGCACCGCCCGCUCUCAGCACGACGCCAUGCAAGCGGCUCUCUCGCAAGUCCUCGAACAGGUCGCCGCCACGUCCGACGCCGUCGCCGAAUGCGCUACCGACCACCGCAAUUUCGUAGACCGACUCACCGGCGACAUACUCGACCUCCAGCUCGACAUCAACGCCAUCCGCACCAAUGUCGAGGCUUGGAACUGGACGCCGGAGGACGGGGACGAAGUUGACGUCGACCAUAUCCUGCGCUCCUCAUCCAGCUCCAGCUCAGACAUCGACAUACCCGCCGCUGACUACAACGACCUCCAGCCGUGA